AUGAAGACGCCCACGUCUAAUCACGCUGUUGCAGCCAGCAAGGGCUUCGCCUUUGUCAUCACGGACACGUCUGGCAAGCCCAAGUCAGACGAUCGGAAACUCAUACGUAGCCAUGUAAUGCGAGGCAAGAAUACACGCGCGUCUCACAGCGGCCCAAAGCGCCCGACCACCUGGGUCAAUCAAAGUAGCCCAGAUCCUCCCCAGGAAACAGAACAAUUUGCGCCGAGGUCACUUUCUACAAUCAUCAAGGAGCCGAGAAAGGCAAGGCUAUACAGUGAAGCAUGGGUCGAGCAUGUAUUCCGCACACCCAAUGACCUGUACAUGUUCCAAUUUGCCGAUGACAUUGACGCGGCGUCUCGAGGCAUGCUGUUCGAAUUUUACGCCAUUAUCAAAGAAACAAUGUACCCUAUAGAGUGGUGUCUGCAGUACGAUGAGAGCAAAACUCCAUGGUUCUACUGGCUGCUCACGGACGCGGCGUUUCUGCAUUCCAUCCUCUUCACCGUCGGACUGUUGCAUGACUCUGUCAAAGGAGAGAGUGCAAGCAAGAAGACCAACUUCCAUGUUUGGAAGACCUUACACCUAUUGAACAAAAACAUUGCCAAUCAAAAUAUGGCCUUGGCCGACUCCACGAUAGCCACGAUUGUCUCCAUGUGUAUGGUAGCCGAAAUCUUCGGACAGCGAGACAGCGCUGCAGCACACAUCAAAGGUAUGCGGCAGAUAGUGAAGCUUAGAGGCGGGAUCGAGAGUUUCUCUCACAACCUUCAGUUACAGGUCAAGAUUUGCCGAGUGGAUAUUGGCUGGAGUCUAUGCACCGGCGAUACACCGCUUUACUUCCAGAACAGCUUCUCAUGGGAGCCCGCUUUUUCUCCUAUACUUGGCAAACUACCUGUUGGAUCUGAGAUCUGUCCUGGUUCUUCUCACAUACUACUUCUCUUGGACGCGUCUGACAGUCGCUUGGGCAACGUCUUUCAAGAUCUCCACGACUUCUCCCGCCUGGCGACCGCGCUAUACCAAACCAAUCGCAAGAUUGAUCCGAACCUGUUUCAACAGUUCAUGACUUGUGUCCAAUACCGUCUCCUGUAUUUGGAGGCGACGACACAGAAUCCACUGGCCGACCUUGGCCGCCUUGGGAUGAUUAGCUACAUCACCACCCUCUUCCUCCAAGUUCAGGGAGCCAAAAUCAGCUUCACCUCCCUGGCUAGCAAUCUCAGGUCAGCAUGCCAAAACUUCGAGGUACUAGCGUCCACAUGCAGUACGACCAGGCUUUUGUUAGCCUGGACUCUUGUGGUCGGUGCUAUAUCCGUUUUGGAAGAGGAAGACGAUAGCUGGUUGUUGCCAAAGUUGGCCAACCUGCGAGACUCUCUGGGACCUACAUGGCCCGAAGCCAAGGCGAAGCUCGAGGAAGUUAUCUGGACUGAGAACAUUCAUGACUCGGCAGGUAUUAAGGUUUUUGAAAAGCUGGUGCUUUACGUUGCCAAAGUACCGAGAAACAGCAACUGA